CAUGACUCACGAUUUAAUAGCGUUGAACUUUCUCAAAACUCAGUUCAGUCAAACAACAAACAGCAGCACUUNGGAACUGGCAGCUAUUGUAAUAGAGGACUUCAUUCACUUAUAACAAGCCGCAGUGGUUUAAGAUCUGUUUUCUGGACUUUAUUAUGAUCAAGAAAUGCUGCGGUAACGACGUGGCUGCAUUUGCGAAGUUGUCGCAUGUAACUUUAUAUGCAGGUACAGCGACCGAUGGAAAUAUGUCAGUGGUGGAGAAAGGUUUCUUUGCCGUAGCCACAUAUUGGCGUUAAUAUUUGUCGAUUUGUGAAGUGAGGUGGUUUGAGGUAGGUUAUGGCAUCGAUAUCACCGAAUAAUUUGUGCAAAUGUUGGAAAAAACCAGCCCGAAACUCUGACAUCUUUCAUCAUCGUUGGCAGCUUGUUUACAACCUACAGCGGCCGAUUUUGUACCAUAUCUUGAUCAGAGAUCUCUUUUUGGAACAAUUUCUUUCAUUAAGAAAUUUAAGUUUGAGAUAAAAUAAAUCAAGAAUGCUAAAACUAUCCGUUUUGUUGCUUGUUGGCACAUCGUUAAGUUUUCCUAGAGACUUUCUACACCAGAAAUUCACACAGUUGUGGUCUUUGUCUACGAUUUGGCAUCGUCGUGAAAUGUAAACUGUUUUUCAGCUUUGUACUUUAUAACUUCCAAAGCUAUAGCAGUAGCGAAUUGUGACGCUCAGUAAUAAAAUGUGGAAACCAACGCUUUUAAUAUUAAAAAGGGCUGGGUAAGUAACUUGUUCUGUUUUUUGCCUUUCUAAAAUCGUUGUUUGCAGAUCAAUAGCCGGUUUUGUUUGGGGCUCGUGGUCCGGAUGCCUUUUUCUAUGGGUUUACCGGUAUAAUAAACCAUAGGUUUUUGACCAAUCAGAUCACGUGUACUAUCUCAGUUAUUUUAUAAAAUACAAUAGCCCAUGGCCAAGAACAUAUGUAGGCCUCAGUCACGUUACUCCUGGGGACAAAACCGUUUUAUCUACCAAGCAGCCAAUGACUGGAACAUUUUAUCUAAUGAUUCAAGAUAAAAACAUUUCUGACAUUUUGUCUUCUAAAAGACAUAUUAGGAGUAUUUUACAAUUUUUAUUUUUUUCAUUCUUAAAUUAUUAGUUUUUUAAAGAUUUUAAGUUUUUAUCUUCAUAUAUUUAGGCAUUUUUAUAUCUGUUAUUUUAUUUAAUGUAUGGCCCCACUGAAAACCAUGUGUGACGAGGGCUCCCUGUUUAAAUAUUUUUCUUAUUCGUAUUUAGUCAGAGUUUUCACACCUUCCACUAUUUGGCAGUGAAAAAGACAUUUUUCAGAAAAAAAGGAACUUCCAGCUGGAAAGUACAUGUAUGCAUCACCUCUUUGUGUUCUUAGGCAGUUUCAGAUCAGAUCAGUAUAAAUUUAAUGCCAAUAAUGUUUCCUUUAGGGGUGUUUAUGGUCACUGGCAUGGCAAGUUACCUUGGUGGAUAAUUGAAGACUUUGUUUUAUCAGAAAGUGCAAAAAUAGUUGGUAAGUAUAUAUUCAUGUUCCUCAACCUGUGUCAAUUUUUGUACAAGUGAAUUGUAUGUUUGAAAGAUAAUAGAAACCAGCAAGAGACAAUGACUAAUGUAUUUAAUUAAGUACUGUGGACCUUCUCGUGAUGAGGUGACUGCAUUUUAGCCAAUCAACUGUUAUUGUAGCCUGCAUCACAAACGUAAUCUAACUCUUGUUAGUAAUGUGUGGGAAGCAGCACUGGCAUCCUUGUUCUGGGCCCCAUAUGGAGUGGCCUGAGAAAACAGCCGACAUUUGGCGACGCUACCAAUGGUUUCCUCGCCAAAUGACAUCUGAGAAACAAGCGCAGAAAUUCCAUACUGAUGACGCAUCACUACCAAGAUCUGGGUACUGCUUCUUAUUGGUUGUCCCGCAUGGGAAAUUUGAUUCAGUCAAUCAGAAGCACUACCCAGAUCUGGGAAGUGACGCGUCAUCGGUAUGGAAUUUCUGUGCUCGUUUCUCAGACGUCAUUUGGCGGGAAACCAGUACAUGGUAGUGUUGCCAAAUGUCAGCUGUUUUCUCAGGCUACCUAUCGAGUGCAGGACUCAACGACUUACCAGAAUUGACUUUCAGAUUUCCUUUAAUCCUGAUUGGCAAAUCGAUGAUGGCUUUUUAAAAGGCCAAUCAUGAAAUGAAAUUACAAUGACACUGAAUAUUUACUCCAGGUUGGAAAGAGAAAGGGUAUUUUCCUAGGCCCAGAUAGAUAAUUUUUGCCAAGCAGUUAAACAUUUAUCUAAUCUCCAUGUGUAAUAUAAUAUUAAAAAUAGACGUAGUAAGCUAUGGCUUUGAUAAAAAUUGUGCUUAAAACAUCAGGCCCCAGGUUUAAAAGUUGGAUAGCCCUAUCCACUGGAUAGAGAUUAUUUAUCCAGUGGGUAUCACUGUUGACCUUUUUAACAUCUGGGACCAGAAGAAAAACCCUGAUGAUGGGAAAAUUUAAUAUUAAUUUAUUAAACUGGUACCUCAUAUAAAGCGGUUGAUACAUAUAUGAGCAACCAGGGAUGGUGACCUGCGUCUUGAGUAUACAUUUUAGCGGAGGGUACAACAUUCCACUUUCACAUACAGAGAAACUGUAACCAGAGUUUGUCAUGACUUUCACAGCUUGACCCAAUAGAGUGGGUUCCCAUUUUAAAAAUGGAAACUGCUAUAAUAAAAAUUGUUGAUUAUGUUUGUUUACCCUUUAAUUAAUUAAAGGUGCUAAAGAAAUCGAGGUUGCAAUAAUGAACUCCCUUUCUGUAAAUCUCCAUCUGCUGUUGGUGCCAUUUUACAGACCAUCACCUCAGAGACACAAAAUUCUCAUUGAAGCAAAAGCAUUCCCUUCAGAUCAUGUAAGGUGAUUUAGAUAAUUGAUAGAUAAAUCGUUUAUUGUAUAAAUACUUUGCAGUCAUAAAACUGAAUUGCGUAUUUUACAAAUAACAUUAGUUAAAAUAUAAAACUAAUUACAAUCAUAUGCAUAUAAGUACCUUGUGUAGUAAAGCUAAAAAAUAGGUAUAAAAAUCUUACAAUAAAGUCGAUCGACUUCUUUAAUUGAAACAUUAGGGGCUUUAUAUGCAACCCUGGGACAUAGCAUAAACAAAAGAGCAUCUGAAACGUUCCGUAUGGGAAAGUGGCCAAUUAUAUAACUUUUGAAGCCUUAAAUUAUAGCUGGAUUGUUUUCUUGGUGGCAGCAGGUGGUAUAACUUAUGUCUGGGAUUGAUAGUAAUGGGAUCGAACAAUUGUCUACAUAGUCCGUUGCGUCUAUCAUAUAGCGUUGGCAGGCCAAGGCUGUCAAGGCAUAAUUCCCGAUAUGACGUGGCAGGUGAAAUUAUGGAAAGUGCUCUUUUCUGAAUUCUUUCUAUAUCCUCAGUAAGAAAAGCCGCGAAUGUGUGAUGGAAAACCGGAGUGCAGUAUUCUAGUACAGGUCUGAUUGUUGUACAAUAGAAAUUCACAAUGUCAUUAAGGGGAACACGAGCCCUUUUCAAGAGAACAAUGAAAUACAGGCGCUUAUUUGCUUUCUUAAUGCAAUCUACAAUGUGAGUGUUCCAUUUCAAGUCACUGGAUAUCGUAAAAAUAAUUUAUUUAAAAUAAUUUUGUGUACGAGACAUGUAAAAACUUUUAUCACCUCUUUCACAUCUAUAUGUCUUUUUAUAGUAAAUUCCUUUACCCUACAGGACACAUAUUUCUUGGAUAAAUUAUUAAAUCAUGGCCUUAGUACACACAAUAGUUUAAUCUCAAACAAUUCUAUGCAGACCAGCUUAACAGGAGCUUUUUUACCACUAUUCUAUAGUUUUGCCAUAAGUGAACUGAGUGAGUUCAUGUUCAGUUUGCAUUCCUUCUCUGUUGACGAUGUACAAUCAAUCUAAAUUUAUCAUGACACAGUCAGUGAUAUAUACAGAAAUAUACCCCUAUUUUUUUUAUUUCAGUAUGCUGUGCAGUCACAGAUACGUUUCCAUGGAUAUGACCCAGUAGAUGCACUAGUGGAGGUGAUGCCUAGGGAGGUAUGAUAACGGCAGUAUGAUUAUGCUAGCAUAAUUAUGUGAGCCUGUUUAUGGGUAUUUCUAAUGAAACAGAAGUUGCGAUGAACAACAUUCAUGAGGCGAUGCUGUUAAAGCGAAGAUUGAAUUUGGCAUUUCAAUCAAUGUUGACAAUGUUAGUCGUGAAAUGACAGCAACGAAACCUGCUUUAGAGUUUUUUUAUUUUUUAUUUUCUUGUUUCUGUUGUUGUAGUUGCUCUGAGCUUGCUAGUCUUGAUUUGUGAUGAUUUCAUUGAAAAUUAACCGAUUAUUUGGUGGAAAACACGGGAUGUUAUUGAUGUCUGCAGGCUCUCUUACUGAGGCUCAUUCGUAAGAGCUACUAGAGUGAAUAGCACUGUAGCAAAUUUCAGUGAUUUCAUAUCAUACAUGCCAAGCUUAGUUACUUUAAUAUUGUACCCAAAACAGGCCUGUACACCAAACGUGCAGUUAAUAAUCAUUAGACAGAUGCUAGCUAACAUACUCUAAACAAUAAUCAAUUCUAUUUUAAAAAGGGUUACCACUUCAGGGUUGUCAAAAUGUGCGGGCAACCGGCGCUAUCGUCUGCUUCUUUAAGGUUUUUGACGCCUGUAAAUUAUUGGAGAGAAGCCAAAAAAAUGGACGAUUAAAAAAGUUGUAAAAUAGAAAAAGAAAAAGAAAUGGUUUUAAUCAUAAUGUGCAUGUUCUUUUUUGUGAAGCACGUUUUCUACCUGGGAAACACAUAUCCCUAGUGAAAUGUGUUCCCCACCUGGGAAACACAUAUCGUUAGUGAUAUGUGUUCCCCCACCAGGGGAAACACAUAUCCCUAUAAUUAUAGUGAUGUGUGUUCCCUACCUGCAAAACACAUAUCCCUAGUGAUAGAGAUCACUAGGUUCCCCAGGUAGGGGAACAUAAAUCACUAGUGAUAUGUGUUUAUUAGGUGGGGGAACACAUAUCCCUAGUUAUAUGUGUUCCCCCACCUGGGAAACACAUAUCCCUAGUGAUAUGUGUUCCCCACCUGGGAAACACUUAUCCCUAAUGAUAUGUGUUCCCUACCUGGGAAACACAUAUUGUUAGUGAUAUGUGUUCCCCCACCUGGGGAAACACAUAUCCCUAUAAUUAUAGUGAUAUGUGUUCCCUACCUGGGAAACACAUAUCCCUAGUGAUAUGUGUUCCCCACCUGGGAAACACAUAUCGUUAGUGAUAUGUGUUCCCCCACCAGGGGAAACACAUAUCCCUAUAAUUAUAGUGAUAUCUGUUCCCUACCUGGGAAACACAUAUCCUUAGUGAUAGAGAUCACUAGGUUCCCCAGGUAGGGGAACAUAAAUCACUAGGAAUAUGUGUUUCUUAGGUGGGGGAACACAUAUCCCUAGUUAUAUGUGUUCCCCUACCUGGGAAACACAUUAUCCCUAGUGAUAUGUUCCCUCACCUGGGAAACACAUAUCGUUGAUAUGUGUUCCCCCACCUGGGAAACACAUUAUCUCUAGCGAUUUAUGUUCCCCUACCUGGGAAACACAUAUCCCUAGUGAUAUGUGUUCCCCCACCCGGGAAACACGUAUCCCUAGUGAUAUGUGUUCCCCAACCUUGGAAGCACAUAUCCCUAGUGAUAUGUGUUCCCCCACCUGGGAAACUCAUAUCCCUAGUAAUUUAUGUUCCCCUACCUGGGAAACACAUAUGCCUAGUGAUAUGUGUUCCCCCACCUGGGAAACACAUAUCAAUAGUGAUAUUCUUUCCCUACUGUAGCAUGCCAGCUACCUUCUCUUAUUCUUCUGCUACUUAAAAUCUUUUUGACAACCCUGCUAGUUUACACUGACUUGUCUUUGAAUGGUUUAAUACUUGAACUUGUAUAUUAUGCAAGUAAAUGUUGGUAACACAAGCUUUGAUUUUGAUGCCUCCUUACCCAGGGAGAGGAGAUACUUAAGACAGAGGAUAUUCUUUCAGUUAUCGAAGAGCAAGGAGAUUCAAUAGCACUGGUAAUGUUUAGUGGUGAGUAAACUGAAGUAAUUAAAAAGGCUGAUGAAAGCUCGUUUAAUUUUUCAAGGAUACAAACAGAGUAAAACAGGACUCAAAAUAAACAGCUACAGUGAUUUGGAGGUGAAUGCAUGUGCAAAGCUCAGGGUACUCACUACUGUCUCCCCUCCCUCCCACUGUCCAGUAGAAACGCAAUAACGUUUUUCAAAUUAUUUGAAGUUAAAGUUAUUUCAUUAGAAACUGUCAUGCUUAGUAGAUUCAGCUCGUUAGUUCGAGUCGUUAACAUGGCUUCAUCAUUAUGGCAUCGUCAUCAUCAUCAUUGUCAUCAUUUUAUUAUUGGUAUUAUUAUUAACAAUUAUUCCUUGAGCCCGAAUGAGCUCUGAGUCAAUAGCCCAUGAGGCCGAAGGCCGAAUGGCCUAUUGACUCAGAGGCCACGAGGGCGAGAGGAAUAAUUGUUUUAGUAAAAUCCAACUAGUUGGUCCAAAAUAUUGAGACAAAACAACUUUAGCUAGUUAAAGCUAGACUUAAAUGAUUUUUUGCCCGCCAAAUUGCGGGCAGUUUUCGCUACUAGUGGGCUAUAUAACAUAUCGCCUAGUAGUAGCUCAACCAAUCAGAGUGCAACAUUGAUAAUAGACCACUAGUUGGAUUUUACUAAUUAUUGUUAUUCCUUCUCGUUCUUGUUAUUAGUAUUAUUAUUAAUUUUUAUAUUAUUUCAGGUGUACAAUAUUAUACUGGGCAAUUUUUUGAUAUAAAAAGGAUAACUGCUGCUGCCCAGAAAAAG